AUGGACGACUACCCGGCAGAACCUCUAAAAACACUCAUAGACUCUGGGGCAACCUCCAACUUCAUCUCCCCAACCAUAGUUGAAAAACUGAAAAUCCCAAAAACCCUACUCGAAAAUCCACGAGUAGUGAGAAUGUUAGACGGUACCAUAUCUCAGACUGGUCGCAUCUGGCACCAGGUCCAACUCGCGGUCUCGGCCAAUGGCCACUCCCACAUUAUCCCUUUCCUUGUUUGCCCCAUAGGCAACACACCGGCUAUUCUAGGCAUGACAUGGUUAACGGCAGAAGCUCCUUUGAUUGAUUGGCAACAGGGAUUAAUCACCUUCCCUGAACAAGUUCAAAUUGCCUCAGAAGAAGAAGCGGAUUCAGACCCUUUAGCAGACCUCCCCCCUCAAUACCAUGAGUUUGCUAAAGUGUUUGGCGAAGAGGAAUUUAAGGUCCUCCCUCCACAUAGGGAGUAUGACAUUGCCAUUGACCUACUUCCCGACGCCAAACUCUCUCCCGGGCCAAUUUAUGGCAUGACUGAUGCAGAAUCCAAGGCGUUAAAACAACAUAUUGAUGAGGAACUGGCAACGGGCAAGAUUUGCCCUAGUACCUCCUCAGCAGGCGCCCCGGUUAUGUUUGUCAAAAAGGCAGACGGCUCUCUCAGACUAGUGGUGGAUUAUCGGAAACUCAAUGACGUCACUCACAAGAAUGUCUACCCCCUCCCAAGGCAGGAUGACCUUAUGGCCAAAUUAAGGAACGCAAAACUCUUCACCAAGCUAGACCUUCGCUGGGGUUACAACAAUGUUUGGAUCAAAGAAGGAGAUGAAUGGAAAACGGCUUUCAGGACCAAAUACGGGCUAUUUGAAUAUCUAGUCAUGCCCUUUGGCUUAACCAACGCACCAGCCGCUUUCCAGCAUUUUAUGAAUGAUCUGUUCCGCGAUCUCAUUGACGUCACUGUGGUCAUCUACCUGGACAACAUCUUGAUAUUUUCAGAAGACCCCGAGAAGCACCCAGAACACGUUAGGGAGGUCCUGUCAAGAUUAAUGAAAAAUCAGCUGUUUUGCAAGCUCUCUAAGUGUCACUUCCACGUCACUACAGUCAAUUACCUUGGCAUUGUCAUAUCCCCCGCGGGCUUCUCCAUGGAUCAAAAGAAGAUUGAGGCGGUUACAUCAUGGCCUCAACCUAAAACAGUCAAACAGGUCCAGGCCUUCCUAGGAUUCGUAAACUAUCUUCGCCGAUUCAUUCCCAACUUUAGUUCCGUGGCUUGUCCCCUCCACAACCUCACAAAAAAGGAAACCCCAUGGUCAUGGGGGCCCCAAGAGGAGGAAGCUUUUCAGGAAUUGAAGUCUCUAGUCACCCGUUCCCCGGUCUUAAUUCACUCAAACCCAGACCUCCCUUACUACCUAGAAACGGACGCGUCAGGGGUAGCCAUGGGAGCCAUUCUGAGCCAGCGGGGAGAAGACAACCGCCUUCAUCCAAUCGCGUACAUGUCUAAAUCGUUCUCAGGGGCAGAAGCCAAUUAUGACACCCACGAUAAGGAACUGCUGGCAAUCAUCAAGGCAUUGGAGGAAUGGCGUAUAUUUCUGGAAGCAACGGACAAACCCAUCCAAGUUUUCACGGAUCAUAGGAACUUGGAAUACUGGAUGCAGGCCCGAACAUUCAAUCGAAGGCAUGCCCGAUGGCGCAUAUUCCUGAGCGAUUUCAACUUUGAGAUCCACUAUCGCCCAGGAAAGCAAUCAGGGAAACCAGACGCCCUGUCCAGACGAUCGGACUACGUUGAUACAUCACCAGAACCGGAGGUAAUGCUCCCUGCAGAGGUCUUUGCCAACACAUCAGAAGAGGAACUGGAAAUCGUCACGGAAAUACGCUCCAAGCUAAGGGAAGACCCAUCCCUUGAGCCUAUCAUCCAAUUCCUAACUGAAGACGCGGAUAACGCUCCUCCCUCCAUUAGAAAGGCGUACAGGGACUACGACUGGGAGGAAGAUCUACUAUGGUAUCGAGGGAAACUUGUGGUCCCGGACUCAGAGGCCCUGAAGGAACGAUUACUCAGGGAAUUCCAUGACUCCCCACUAGCGGGUCACCCAGGCCAGCAAAGAACCCUGGAGCUCGUGAGCCGUAACUACUGGUGGCCGGGAAUGAAGUCAUCCGCCAAGGAAUGGGUGGAAUGCUGCCCCACUUGCCAAACCAAUCGUCGUGCCCACAACCCGGUCAUAGCCCUAAAACCCUUAGAAGUUCCCCCCUUUCCAUUCCACACCAUCUCCUAUGACUUCAUCACGGGUUUUCCCAAGUCAGAAGGGCAUGAUGCAAUCCUGGUAGUUAUUGAUUCGUUCUCCAAGUUAGGCCACUUCAUCCCUACCUCGAAAAAGGUUUCAGCAAAGGGCUUGGCCGAUCUCUUUGUCUCCCACAUCUGGAAACUCCAUGGGCUCCCUGUCAAAACUAUAUCAGAUCGAGGGACCACAUUCACAGGGAAAUUCCUCAGGGCUCUCUACCAACGAUUAGGGAUUAAACCUUCCUUCUCUUCGGCCUAUCACCCUGAAUCAGACGGUCAGACGGAACGUGUCAACCAAUUCAUCGAGUUCUACCUAAGGUCCUAUGUAGCAGCGGAUCAUUCAGAUUGGGUUAAGUGGUUACCACUUGCGGAGUAUGCCUAUAACAACGCCAAGCACUCAGCUACUGGAAAAACCCCAUUUGAAUUAAUUUAUGGCAGAAACCCAAUCAUGAAUCCGUCAAAUAUCCCUGCAAACGUCCCAGAAGCAGACCUCGUGGCAGACACCCUAGCCAGGGAAUGGAAGGAAGCCGAAGCAGCCCUCAGAAUGAGCAAGGAGCGGAUGACAAGGGAUAAAGGAACAGUCCCGGAAUAUUCAAUAGGGGAAAAAGUCUGGCUAGAUGGAAAAAACGUAGAACUUAGGACAAAUUCCAACAAACUAGACCCCAAGCGACUAGGCCCCUUUGAGGUAUUAGAAAAGGUAUCCAGUCACGCGUACCGCCUCAAAUUACCGGAAACCCUUAAAAUCCACGACGUAUUCUAUGUGGGAUUGUUAUCCAGGGUACACAUAUCCCCAAGUCAACCAUUUCCAGAGAAACCCCCUCCUGAAACAAUAGAAGGGGAAGAAGAGUAUGAGGUGGAACAAAUUAUCAACUCCAAAAGACAACGGGGGAAAUGGUUCUACCUAAUCAAAUGGAAGGGUUAUGGCCCGGAAGACAAUUCCUGGGAACCGGAAGAACUCCUAGAGCACAGCCAAGAGGAAAUCCAACGAUUCAACAAGUCACGACUGAAAAAGGCUCGUGACUCCGCCAAGAGCCUUUAA